CGAUGCCUGGUUAAAAGCCGCUGAGCUAACGCCUACAUGGGUAUGGGCACUAGUGGAUCUGCCGGAGACAAUGCAUGCGAACUAUAGAGAAAAUAAAAAGUUCGUACGUUUGAUAGAACAGGUUCGCGACUUCCUACAUUUGCUCAUCAAAGUACAUAAAUGUGAUCCUGAGAUGAUAAAGACGUUAUCUUUUCGGCUUGGAGAACGGCAUAAGAAUUAUAUGAAUGAGGGAAACGAUAACUCAUAUUGGGCUCCAUUUGCUGUUCAAUUACCAAUCGUAAUGGCUAAAACUUAUAUGGAUAUUGUAAAUCAUGAUAAUCGAAUACGGCGGAUAUUUCGAGUGCGGGUACAUGCUGAUAAGAGUGAAGAAGAAGAGUUGAUAGACGCUUGGCGACAGUUAAUGAACACCGUUGUUGAGUCUAUGAAACGAGGCUACGAAGGUUGUGCAUCACAGAAAACACCAAUGCGGCUUAGUAUUACAAAUAGUAUAAUUUCUAUGGCAUCGUUGCGACAAGGACGAAGUCGGUCAGCUUCGCAUUUUCUUGAACCACCACUCUCGCCUAUCAUAUCCGGUCCCAUCAGUCAAGGCGACUCAUCACCGGCUUUACAUUGUCGAAGUAGGAGUAUAUUCCGUGCAAGACCAUCGCGAUGUAGUCAUGACUACACAACCAUGCGA